UGGUUAUGGAUACACGGCCUUUCCGCCAUUCACCGUGCACGGAGAGCAAAGGGAGCAGCUCCGCUUACCCCGACCGCGAUCUGUCGAGGCUCCGACCAUCUACUAAUAAAUUAUUUCUUAGAAGAAGAAGAGUGGCCGAAGAAAGCUUGAGCAAGUAUCGAAUGCGGCGGGGCCGAAAGGUUGCGACGAAAGAAAGAGGUCGCGUGGAUACAGCGGUGAUAAAGGGGAGUGAUUAGAGCGGGGAGUGGCUCGAUCAACACACGUAAUGCUUCGGAAAACCCUUGUUGCAUUGCUCGCCCUAGCAUUUGUUUGCCUUCUUAUCUCCAUAUCCCGCAGGAGGGUUCAGGAAGACGAGGAGGUGGAAAGAGUGCUUGAAAUAACUCAUAGGGUCUACUUGGAUGUUGAUAUUGAUGGACAACAUGCAGGUAGAAUCAUUAUUGGCUUAUAUGGAGAAGUGGUGCCUAAGACCGUUGAAAACUUCAGAUCACUUUGUACAGGUGAGAAGGGCAGGGGGGGCCAUGGAAAGGCUCUUCAUUACAAGGGAACACCUUUUCAUCGCAUAGUUUCUGGUUUUGUGAUUCAAGGUGGCGAUAUCACUUACGGUGAUGGUAGAGGCAGUGAAUCCAUAUAUGGUGGCACUUUUCCUGAUGAGAAUUUCAUCAUAAAGCACUCUCAUGCAGGUGUUGUAUCCAUGGUAAAUUCUGGGCCUGAUACCAAUGGAUCACAGUUUUUCAUAACAUCAGUGAAGGCUAGCUGGUUGGAUGGGGAGCAUGUGGCAUUUGGGAAGGUAUUACAGGGAAUGGACACAGUCUAUGCCAUAGAAGGUGGAGCAGGUACCUACAAUGGUAAACCAAGGAAGAAGGUGAUUAUUGUUGACUCAGGUGAGAUAUCCAGGGAACGAUGGGAAGAGGAGAGCUAGCUUAGGUUUGUUAAUAUUAAAAUUAUGAUUUUAUAAUUUUCCAACAAGGUUACAUAGAAAGCCCCAAUAUAAUUUCCCAUGCUCAUUCUGUAAAUGAAUGAGAGAUAGUGGCUGAGGUAGCUCUUGGCACCAUAAGAUCUUUAACCGUAAUACCCAAUCGUGAGAAGUUAGUUUAAAUCAUGAAUGGCUUGGAAUUUAGAUGAAUGGAACUUUUGGUUCUUAGAAUUGUUAGCAACUUGAUUAACACAUAGGCUUGUGUUCUUUUUGUCAUUCUUUAAAUGACUAAACCUUUAGCUUGUAAUUUUCCUUCAA